AACGUGGGUAAAAUGCAGCACCACGUGAUAUCCGGUCGACCGCUGCAUUGUGGGUACGAACCAAAACAACUAUCGGCGCGCAAGCGCAGGGGUCCCCGAUGCCCGAGAACCCGCGGUUAGGCGCGCGCGAGGGGCGGGAGCUUCGCUCGGCGAGGAGCCGGGCUCGCUCGUUCGCGCUGCUCUGCAACUACACGCAGCGCCUGGCGCGCCCGCUGUGGCUCGACUUCCAGGGAGUGCCCGUGCCCUACGCCGACAUCCCGUCUCAGCGGGCCCUCUCCAUCAACACUUACGUGGGCCACCCUUGGUUGUUUCGCGAUGCAACAACCGGUGACCGGCUGUUGGCCAACAGGAGGGACGUCUUCCUCCCGGAGCUGGGCAACAUUGGGGAGAACGGCCGACCGCAAUACGUCCCCAUCAAAAUUACACUGCCAGUGUACACUCUGGUGGAGCGCUGUCUACAGGUGACGCGCCAGCUGGUGCCAAAGGAGGACUUUGAACAGCUGCCCAUCCCGCGGUCCCUGCAGCAGGAGCUGGCCCGCGUGCCCGACCUGCAGCGGGAGCUUGCGGAGCUGCGUCGCAGUUCGGCACAGGAGGACGGCUCGGAGCACUGACUGACUCGCUCGCUCGACAGACGCCGCGUGUCUCACCGGGACCACAAUGGAUGCUGGGCUGCCAUCGCUCUCAUCGUCAUGGAGUUAUUUUAAUUUCUCCGCUGGAUGGAGCCCUCACCACAUUGGCAUUCCUCAUAAAAUUGUGACGCCACAAUCGUUCUCCUGCGCGUGAACUACUUUCAUCACUCCAUAUUAUUUCCCAUCUGGUGCGUUGUCAUCUUUGCUGAACGAUCCACGGCCGUUCUUGUUUGCCAGCGUUUGUUCCCUGCAAAUAAGUGUCCCAUCUGAGCCACACUUCUCUUCACAGUUAAAGUUAUAGCUUUGAUUUGGGUAUGUACCUGAAUUUAUUCCAAGCAUACAUUUAUCCAUAUGCUUAAAAUAUAUAUAUAUUCCUUUUCAGCAUUUGCUUGUGAGUUUUGUCAGUGGCCACGUCUAUGAUAUGUAUGUUAUAGGUGGCAUCAUGUUAGGCCGUAGACUGUUAACUCGUUUCACGACUGUCACUGCACAUGUAAUGGUUCGCAUCUUUAUUUUAAAACAUCAUAUCUGAGAUGGAAUAACAUAGCCUCAGACGUGAGUAUGAUUAACACAAGCCCAGUUUGAGUUUGUGCAUUACCACUAUGGUGUUGACGGUUCCUGGAAGUUGGUGUGGUUGGUGCUAGAUUUUCUUAGUCGAUUUCUUAAAGUAAUGUAUUCAAAAAGCUUUCGCAUUGCAAAUAUCAAUGGUAUGGUUACAACGAUACCAUCUGAUUGACCUAGAAAUUCGAAAUGUAGCUGUUAUGCUUGAAUACCAACAGUGAAUACAAUGUUACAUGUUCCUUUAAUAAUUUAUAUGCCAUUUGUUUUAUUUCGGCAUUCCUAUUUAAGACUGACAGAUGCACAUGUAUCCAAAAUUCAUGAUUUAAAAUCACGGCAUCCCUUGCUGUGAGUUUUGAGUUGCCAUAGAAUGGUACACCAAAGUGUGGACUAGUAUUAUGUCCCCUCUAUACGUGAUGGUGUUGCCUGUCCCCUUCCACCUGUUGGGUUUCUCCCACAUGUAUAAGCACGAAAGUAAUUGGCCGAAAACACAUACAUAUAUAUAGGUCUGCAGAGCUUAGGAAUGACACCGGCUCACUGCCAGGCUGCCUUCAAUUUGUAUGUCUUAUUAGUGAUUGUAAGAUGCAAUUUGGAUGAACGACUGCAUAAAACGUGAGAAAUGGGGGAGGAGUAGUGCAGUGGUUGGUAUACCUCUGAAACGGAGUUUAAUUCCCUUCCACAGGUCACAUUGCCAAUCCGUACUGGCCGUCGUGGUUCUGUUUGACCAAAUAAUCCUCAUCACCGACAUGGUUUUGGAGGCCUUUCAGCAGUGGAUCGAUAAACACGUAAAUUAUUUUUGUAAUAAAAUACACGCAGCUGGUGUUUUUGAAUUAGAUAUUUCCAAUCAUUUUUUUGUCAACAUUUCUAGUUUUAUGGCCAUGAAAUAUGGCGAGCAACAUUAGGCAUUUUUUUAAUUGGAAUUUGCCAAUCCCCAUUCUCUGAAGAUGUUCAUUGUAAACAGUUAUUUAUGUAGAUAUUUUUGUAUACAAAGCUUCGCAACUCAGUAAAAUGCCUGUACACCUGUUUUUGGUGAACGAAUUUAAUAAAAUAUAAACUCGU